AUGGCUGACGACGACUUUGGCGACUUUGCCUUCGCCAGCGGCGGGGAGGGGGACGACGGUACCACCGAUGCGCCGACUGCUGCGGACGAUGGCGUGGACACGUCGGCACUCGCAGCAAAGUGCGAAGACGCUGGCACAAACGGCAAAGCACAUGUGAACGGUGGUGCCAGGACUGGCGACAAUAAUGGUGACGAAGAACAAGAACAGCAGGAGACAACCUCUGUGGAUGACGAGUUUGCAUCAUUCACUGAUGCCAACGUAAGCGAUGAUGAGUUUGCGUCGUUUGCAUCCUUUGACCAGCCUCCCGCCACAACCACAUCCGGUGCAGCUGAGACGACAACAACGGCGACUGAGGGGAAUGCGCAAGAAGAAGCAGCAGCAGCGGAGGAGGAGGAGGAGAAGAAGGAAGGCGGGGAUGAUGCGACUGGUGACGAUGAUGAGUUUGCGUCGUUUGCAUCCUUUGACCAGCCUCCCGCUACAACAGAAGCAGCUGAGACGCCCACCAUGACAGCGGUCACUGAGGAGAAUGCGCAAGAAGAAGCAAAGGAGGAGGAGGAGGAGAAGGAGAAGGAAGGCGGGGAUGGUGUGACUGGUGGCGAUGAUGAGUUUGCGUCGUUCACAUCCUUUGACCAGCCUCCUGCCACAAUCACAACAGAAACAGCUGAGACGACAACAGCAGCCACUGAGGAGAAUGCGCAAGAAGAAGAAGCAAACGAGGAGGAGGAGGAGAAGGAAGGUGAUGAUGAUGAUGAUGAGUUUGCGUCGUUUGCAUCCUUUGACCAGCCUCCCGCUACAACAGAAGCAGCUGAGACGCCCACCACAACAGCAGCCACUGAGGAGAAUGCGCAAGAAGAAGAAGCAAACGAGGAGGAGGAGGAGAAGGAAGGUGAUGAUGAUGAUGAGUUUGCGUCGUUUGCAUCCUUUGACCAGCCUCCCGCUACAACAGAAGCAGCUGAGACGCCCACCAUGACAGCGGUCACUGAGGAGAAUGCGCAAGAAGAAGAAGCGGAGGAGGAGGAGAAGAAGGAAGGCGGCGAUGAUGAGUUUGGUGAUGAUGAUGAGUUUGCGUCGUUUGCAUCCUUUGACCAGCCUCCCGCCACAACCACAUCCGAUGAGACCCCAACCUCCACAGUAGCCACAGCGGCCACUGAGGAGAAUGCGAAAGAAGAAGAAGAAGAAGCAAAGGAGGAGGAGGAGGAGAAGGAGAAGGAAGGCGGGGAUGGUGUGACUGGUGGCGAUGAUGAGUUUGCGUCGUUCACAUCCUUUGACCAGCCUCCUGCCACAAUCACAACAGAAACAGCUGAGACGCCCACAGCAGCCCCUGACGAGAAUGCGCAAGAAGAAGCAGCGGAGGAGGAGGAGGAGAAGAAGGAAGGCGGGGAUGAUGCGACUGGUGGCGAUGAUGAGUUUGCGUCGUUCACAUCCUUUGACCAGCCUCCUGCCACAACCACAUCCGGUGCAGCUGAGACGACAACAGCAGCCCCUGAGGAGAAUGCGCAAGAAGAAGAAGCAAAGGAGGAGGAGGAGGAGGAGAAGGAAGGUGAUGAUGAUGAUGAGUUUGCGUCGUUUGCAUCCUUUGACCAGCCUCCCGCUACAACCACAACAGGUGCAGCUGAGACGACAACAGCGGCGACUGAGGAGAAUGCGCAAGAAGAAGAAGAAGCGGAGGAAGAAGAGAAGAAGGAAGGCGGCGAUGAUGCGACUGGUGACGAUGAUGAGUUUGCGUCGUUUGCAUCCUUUGACCAGCCUCCCGCCACAACCACAUCCGAUGAGACCCCAACCUCCACAGUAGCCACAGCGGCCACUGAGGAGAAUGCGAAAGAAGAAGAAGAAGAAGCAAAGGAGGAGGAGGAGGAGAAGGAGAAGGAAGGCGGGGAUGGUGCGACUGGUGGCGAUGAUGAGUUUGCGUCGUUCACAUCCUUUGACCAGCCUCCCGCUACAACAGAAACAGCUGAGACGCCCACAGCAGCCCCUGAGGAGAAUGCGCAAGAAGAAGAAGCGGAGGAGGAGGAGAAGAAGGAAGGCGGCGAUGAUGAGUUUGGUGAUGAUGAUGAGUUUGCGUCGUUCACAUCCUUUGACCAGCCUCCUGCCACAACCACAUCCGGUGCAGCUGAGACGACAACAGCAGCCCCUGAGGAGAAUGCGCAAGAAGAAGAAGCAAAGGAGGAGGAGGAGGAGGAGAAGGAAGGUGAUGAUGAUGAUGAGUUUGCGUCGUUUGCAUCCUUUGACCAGCCUCCCGCCACAACCACAUCCGAUGAGACCCCAACCUCCACAGUAGGCACAGCAGCCACUGAGGAGAAUGUGCAAAAAGAAGAAGAAGCAAAGGAGGAGGAGAAGAAGGAAGCAGGGGAUGAUGAGUUUGCGUCGUUUGCUGCCUUUGAUGAGGGUUCCGAAGCUGCAACAAAUGCCACCACUGAAGCAGGACCAUCUGUAAUCGUCCAGCACGAAUCGACUGCCGCGACCACUGCGGCCGUGACAGAUCGCAGUUGCUCGGACCUCAUACGUGAUGCUCUGACGUCGCUGGCUGAGAACCGCCCGAUUUCUGCCUUUGCACAAAUCAUUUCACUUCACGCGCGCGCACACGUCCACGACAACAACGCCGCAGCACUUCCCGCGCUCACGCUGACUGGCGGCGUGGACACGGCUGUCCAGUCGUCGCAGCACCACCAGCACCACCAGCACGCGGUGGAUGAGAUGAUGCGCGCUGUUGGCGUCGACCCGACGGCGAUGCAUUAUGUACCCACCAUUGCCGACACCACGCCUACACUUGAUCCGGGAUCGCUGCUCGUUCCAGAGGGCGCCGACGCCGCGGCCGUCUCACACAUCGACGCUGCUGAUGAUGACCCGUUCUUCCUUGCUCCGGCCCCGUCCAAGCAAUCGUCAGCGUUGCCAUCGAACAAGCAGCAGCAUGUUUCAGGCAGCGGCGGCGAUGGAGGUGGUGGUGACCUGCUUGACCUCGACAUGUGGGGCGAUGCCGGAACCGGUGGUGGUGGUGGUGGUGGUGGUGGUGGUGGUGAUGAUGAUGGUGGUGGUGGUGAUGAUGAUGGUGGUGGUGAUGAUGGUGGUGGUGGUGAUGAGAGGGCACAUGUGUCGUCGUCGUCAGUCGACACAUCCACAGCAACAACACCGGCGCCCCCUGCAUCGUCGGCGUUGCACGUGUCUGCCUCGCUGUUUGACGAUGCGGCUGCCCUGGCGUCGUCCUCAUCAUCGUCCCUGCUCACGGGCAGCAGCGGUGCACCGGCCAUGGAUCUCCUGGCCGGGUUUUCCUUCACGCCGGCGCCGAGUGAUGGUGCUGGGGGUGGGCACGAUAAGGGCGGCGGUGCGAGCGCCGGGCGCGGUGGUGUGAGCGAUGCGGCACAGGCCGUGCUGGAUGCACUGCCCAACUUCCGGUUUAUGCUCGACAAGACGCAACUCACCAUCACACGGCGGUGAUGGCCACGAUAUUUUGAUGGUGACGAUAGCAACAACCCGGGGGUGAAUGCCUUGUGGUGGUGGUGGUGGUGGUGGUCAUCGUCGUGGUUGCAUUGACAUGUGGCUGAACAAUAGGCGAGCCUUCAUUCUCUGUACAUGAAAACACAAGAUUGUGUCACAUUCCCCAGCCAGUAAACGGACCCAACGAAUCAACCA